AUGGCGCCAAUGCUCAGUUUCACCGGCCUCCCCUCCGCCCGGCCACUCCAAUUGCCCGAUGACGGUUCCACCUCCGGUAUCUCAAAUCGCCGCAUGGUUUCCGUCCGAGCCGCAGCAACAGUAACCGACACACGGAGAGCAGCUACUAGUCUCUACGAAGUGCUACGAAUCAAGCCAGGAGCAUCUCAUUCGGAGAUCAAAUCGGCUUACCGAAGUCUGGCGAAGGUUUACCAUCCCGACGCGGCGGCGCAACGGUUACCGGAGUGUGACGACAGAGACUUCAUCGAGAUCCGCAAAGCUUACGAGACGCUUUCAGAUCCAUCAGCGAGAGCAGUUUACGACAUGUCGUUGAGGAGUAGGCAGUUUUCGGGUUCGGUAACACUGAAACGGUGUCCGGGAUAUACAAGAUGGGAAACAGACCAAUGCUGGUAG